CCAGAACAAAUAUACUUUACAGGGUAUUUGUUGUCAGCGAUACAUAAACUUGACCGAUUCUCUCUUCCUUCGAGUCGCUGGUGGAUUUUUGAACAGGAGAAGUUCACUACUGCGCAUGCGUCGAGUGUCCGAUAUGGCUGCGCCCUUCUGCAAGGUGGUGUUUUUUGAAUUUACGAAUGGAAUUUGUCUGUCUGGGUUCUAGAUGACGGAAAUUUGCAUUAUCGCCAUAAAUUAUCAUCAUCUCCGUUAAUCAAUUUCGGCGAUUUGAACGUUCGUUUUUUUCGCGAGAUUGCUUGUUUAUCUGUAGUUUGUAUUAUGUUCCCUAUUUCGGUCUCAUCUUAAUUUGCAAAUUGUUACCUGGCGUAAUUCCACCAACUGCUAAGAAUGCGCAGAAUCCUGAUGGUAGUGACUGGUUCUGAUGUGAAAUAGAGACAUCAUUCAUUCAAUCAUGUUUUUCAGAAGAGCUAUUCACCUCCUACGUGUAGAAAAGGAGUCUGCCUUAAACUUGCUCACGAGUGGUUUUAAAAAUGAUUCAAGUUUAAUUAAAUAUAGUAGGUUUCAUAAUCACUACGUCAGAACCACAAGGCUUUUUCACACUGGCAGCAGGUUGAACCUGGCCAAGUUAUUAUCCCUGAAUGAAUUAUUCUCCAGGAGGUCCCUGCUAGACUACCUGAAAAAGAUUGACUCAGACUAUAGCGAUUUGUUGAGCGCGGUCAACUGCGAUGAUCAGGAGCAGAGCAGUGCUGAGGAGUUAAGGGGCAAGAGGACCAAAGUGUCCCUCCUGGCUCCCCUUAUUCAAACCAUCAGGGAGUUGGACGCCAAGCAGAAGGAGAUGAUCGAGAUGGAGGCACUUCUUAAGGAUGAAGAUCUACGAGAAAUGGCUGAGCAGGAGAAGGAAGGCUAUUUGCAAAACAUCCACGAUCUGAGGCAGAAGAUAUUAGAUCUUUUGAUCACAGAGGAGGAGGAUGAUCUGAGUGAACUUGUGCUGGAAGUGACAGCAGGAGUUGGCGGACAGGAAGCCAUGCUGUUCACUGCUGAGCUGUUUGACAUGUAUGAGGGCUUCGCUCUGCACAACGGCUGGUCCUUUGACGUUCUGGAACACAUGAACAGUGACCUAGGUGGACUGCGUCACGCCUCUGCGAGCAUCAGCGGCUAUCAGAGCUACAAGAGGAUGAAGUUCGAAGGCGGCGUUCACCGUGUGCAACGGGUUCCCAAGACUGAAAAGCAGGGCCGCAUGCACACCAGCACCAUGACUGUGGCCGUGCUGCCCCAACCCACUGAGAUCACGUUCACAAUCAACCCAAAGGACCUGAAGAUCGAAACGAAGCGGGCAAGCGGCGCGGGGGGUCAACAUGUCAACACCACAGACAGCGCUGUCAGAAUAGUACACCUGCCCACUGGUGUUGUAGCGGAGUGCCAGCAGGAGCGGUCUCAGAUAAAGAACAAGGAGAAGGCCAUGAAAGUUCUACGGGCAAAACUUUACAGCAUGAAGGUGGAGGAAGAGACCAGCAAGCGCUACAAUCAGCGCAAAGUGCAGAUCGGCACCAAAGGCAGGUCCGAGAAAAUCCGCACGUACAACUACGCCCAGGAUCGCAUCACUGACCACCGGAUCGCUAUGACGCUGCACGACAUCAAGACGUUCUUGCUGGGAGAGGAUCUGCUGGAUAAGAUGAACUCCUCCCUGCAAGAAUUCUCCAACCAAGAAGAGCUCAUUGAACUUCUGGAGCAAAAUGGCUAUAAGGAAGGAUGAUCAUGAAUUUGGACCAACUGUCUAUUUAUCAAAUCAGUGCCUGAAAUUCACUUUUCAGGCUGUGGGUAUUAAUAGUCUGCUCCUACACUCAUCUGUGAACAAUUUUAAUGGGAUUUGGGGGUUGGAUUGCAUUGUGAUUAGGAAACGAAAAGUCAGCCCCAAUGCUAAGAUGAUAUGUUAUCAGCAUAUUGAUCAUUUCUAACACCAUUUCAUGAUGGAAAUUGCUG